UUCAACACUACUAUAUAACAAAUAAUUUGAGCACGCUAGCUAAUGAUCUCCUGAUGUUGUGGAUGACAGGAAGAUAUGUUCCGAUCUGUGUGUCGGAGAGCAAGGCUUUGUCGCCAUGCGUACAAUUCGUCAGAUUUAGCUAGACCUGCAACUUUCUCGAACAGAAACAAAGAUCUGUUAGGAUGUCAGAGAUUUUAUACUACUCUCACCGACCAGUACAAAGAGAAAGUGGAGAGAGGUGAACUGGUAGAGGAUCCCAGACAGAUUGUAAUGCUGGAAAAGCUAGAGAGUCUUCGAGAACAGUUGGACGCUUACCAACCACCCGGUACUAAAUCCUUUAUCUCCAAACUCUUCUUUCCUAAAAAAGAAACAGAGACCAUAAACGGUCUGUACGUUUACGGGGGUGUUGGCUGUGGUAAGACAAUGAUAAUGGACCAGUUUUACGAAAACAUUCACUCUCGAGCAAAACUCCGGACACAUUUCCACGACUUCAUGUUGGAUGUUCACGAGAGAAUACACAAGUACAAAUCAUCCUUAUCUCGUCAUCAACUGGAAAAUAUGAAAGGAACUGAUCCUAUCCGAGAAGUAGCCCUUGCUAUUGCCUCAGAAACCUACCUCCUCUGUUUUGACGAGUUUCAAGUGACCGACGUGGCGGACGCCAUGAUAAUAAAGCGAUUAUUCGAGAACCUGUUUGAAGAAGGAAUAGUGAUGAUAUCAACAGGGAACAGGCCUCCUGAUGACCUCUAUAAGAACGGGUUACAGCGCUUCAACUUCCUCCCCUUUAUACCUCUGUUGAAGCAGCACUGCGAGGUUCUGGACAUGGACUCUGUUACAGACUACAGAUUACAGGACCACAAAGCGCUGGAUCUACCAGGGGGUGAAGCUGCUUUUAUACAUGAUGAUAACAGGGUAGAUGAGUUGUUCGAGCACUUGACGGGGGUGAAAGUAGAGGCUGCUAAACCUCAAACUCUCAGUUUCCUAGGUAGAGAUAUAACAGUGGGAGUGUCACAUGGCACUGUCCUAGUCACCUCAUAUAGAGAACUCUGUAACAAUAACCAUGGCAGUUCCGACUUCAGAGCUCUAGCUAAAACUUACUCUCACGUUCUCGUCAAAGACUUCCCUCAGCUCUCCAUGAAGAAGAAGUCACCACUGAGACGCUUCAUAAUAAUGAUGGACUUGUUCUACGACAGGUCAGUGAAGCUGGUGCUGUCAUGCCACGUGCCCAUUACACAGAUAAUAGAUCUAGAAGUUACCAGUGGGGAGGCUGAGGAUUCUCUCCGUAUGCUUAUGGAUGAUCUGCAGCUGACUAAAAAAGAGGCUAUGGCAAUGAGCUUGUUUACGGGGGAGGACGAACUGUUUGCUCAUAAGAGAGCACUGAGUAGACUGAGUGAGAUGCAGUGUAAUGAUUAUUGGGAGUUACCACAUAGACCAGGUUCUUUAGAUAGUAGUAUUAAAACUGAUGCUAGCAGCCCUGAUAGUAACGAGUCUAACAGUUGAUUUUAGUUGAUUUAGUCACAGUAUAAGAUCUUUAUACUUGGCAAGGGUUUAAAUAAGUUAUUGUGAUUGCGAUGGUAAUCUUGAUUUGUAUAUUUUGUAAACUAAGAUUUAAAAUUAUGUCAUUUAUCCAUUUCCGAUUUCAGAUA